GUUUCUCAGCGUUGAGGUUGGGGCUUGUGCAACAUGUUUUCCACGGCCCUGGUUGUUGGUUAGUGUUGUUUUAGUCACAUGAAGGAGGCAAUAGAAGCAGUUUCCGACGUUAAUAACACACAAUUGCUGUCGCAUGAGGUUACUGGGUGAGCCACUCAAGGUCAUGAGAGCUGACCACAAGGUUACAACCCUUCCCUCCUUCUGCAGUUGAUGGAUCUGCAGCUGAUUCAGAGAUGACUGACAGCGUCCGGGCCUUCCUCCGCAAUGUUGCGACGGGGAUCAAAGAUUCCAUAUUGGGGAUUGGAACGAUCUCCAAGCUGGAUGUCCGUAUCCAGCAAAAAAGAGAAGAGCAGCGGAUGAGAAGGGCCAGUGGGGCCUUGGCACAGAGAAGGGUACAGAGCGAGGAGCACAAACCAGACAAUGAACCCAAAGUAGCCAGUAGGAUUUUUCAGUGUUGUGCCUGGAAUGGAGGAGUGUUCUGGCUCAGUCUGUUUCUCUUCUACCGGGUGUUUAUCCCACUGCUGCAGACUCUUACCGCAAAAAUCAUUGGUGAUCCCUCUCUUCAUGGCAAUGUGUGGUCCUGGUUAGAGUUCAUCCUGACCUCUGUCUUCAGCGCUCUCUGGGUUCUUCCUUUGUUCGUCCUCAGCAAGAUAGUCAAUGCCAUCUGGUUCCAGGACAUUGCUGACCUAGCAUUUGAAGUGUCUGGCUGUAAGGCUCAGCCGUUCCCCAGCGUCAGUAAGAUCAUCGCAGAUAUGCUUUUUAACCUUCUCCUCCAGGCGCUUUUUCUCAUACAGGGAAUGAUUGUUAGUCUCUUCCCCAUUGAUGCCAUUGGACAGAUGGUUAGCCUUCUUCACAUGUCUCUGCUCUACUCCCUGUACUGUUUUGAAUAUCGCUGGUUCAAUCACGGCAUUGAGAUGCACCAGCGACUGUCCAACAUUGAGAGGAAUUGGCCCUACUACUUUGGCUUUGGUUUGCCCAUGGCACUACUGACUGCUCUGCCAUCCUCGUACAUCAUCAGUGGCUGCUUGUUCUCCAUCCUCUUCCCUCUAUUCAUCAUCAGCGCUAAUGAAGCCAAAACGCCAACAAAAUUGUACCACUUUCAGCUGCGUCUCUUCUCACUGGUUGUGCUGAUCAGCAACAAGCUUUUCCACAAGACAGUCCACCUGCAAUCUUCCCUGACGUUGUCCACCUCCUCAGAUAGGCUGUCCACCCCUCACACCUCACCGACACGCCACAGACUUUAGGCCACUUAGUGAUGGAUUCACAUGAAGGAGAUGGCAUAAUAACAGAUGGGUGUCAUCCUUAUUGUGUUCUUGGUUACAUGGAUGUCCUUAAUUAAGAUUUGGUGAAGUUUAGAGACCUGCAUGUUUUAAAGUCCUCUUCAAACCAUACUUCGAAAAAUCGACUACGCUGUGCCUCACACUCUGAACACUCAUUACACAGUUCCUAACUUUAACUUUUGUUUUUUCUUUUGAUUUCAUAUUUUUAUAUAAUGUGCCAUUUGAGUAACUCUUAAUAAAUGACAGCAAAGAAAAUCACAUAAAGCAAACCUGUGACUAAAGACUGAUUUAAAUGGGGCUUGUGUGCAAAGCAAAGCAAGUUUUUGUGUUACCUACAGUUGUUUUCUUGAUGUUGUAAGUCAAAUUCUUUUCUUAGAUUGAAUGGUUUCUUAGAUGAUAAAUGUUCUGCUGUAAAAUGAUGGUGUCCAGGCAGGGCAAGUAAAACCCUUAUACAGUUAAAGGUUAUAUUUGAUCCUCUUACAGCUUUGUCUUUUAGUUCUAUGUAAAGGUCAGUUCAGGAGGCUGCUAUAAAAAUGACUGGCGACAUUAGAAAUUGAAACCAAAUAACAGUAACUCAUGUUGUAGGAUGCUAAAGGUUUGGCCACGUGUGUCAUCGCAAAUUAAAAUCUCAUGUUAUUCUAUGAUGAGAUCAACAUGGUUUAGAUCACAAGGUAACACCAUCAUAAGCGAAGCUGUAUCAGCGUUAGUGGGUGACAGUGAGAUGACAGUGCCAAACUGUGUUAUGUUUUAUUUCAUCAGGACAGUUACAAUCUUAUAAUUUGUACAAAGGAAAGUAGGUCUGUAGUAUUUGAAGCUUGACAACCAGGUGGUCAGUCCUCACCUGCUUAUUAACUAAAGCAAAUUUAGAUAACCUUUAAAGAUCAUUGGCUGUUUCUUGACACAAUAUGGUCAACCAGAAGUCCACUACCAUGCAGUAACUCUGUCGCAGAGUCUUCAACUGCUUUAGUUGCUUAUCAACCAUGAUUUAAACUUGUGCAAUUAUUCGAAGAGGAGCAUAAUGUUUGUGCAGACUGGUAUGUGUGAGAUUUGUAAGAGACGUAUGUCUCAUUUUAAUAAAAUUGGUCAGUAUUCAGUAAAUUGA